AUGCAUGGCGAGAAGAAACUUAGGGUGUGGCGUCAACGCAAGUUACGAGAGCAGUGGCUGCAGCAGCAACAGCAGCAGCAGGCUCGUCUACGCUACCAGCAGCAGCAACGCUGCGCACGCUCCGGCGGCGGUGGUAGUGGUGGUGCUACUGCGCCUUCGUCGCCGUCAGGUACCUCUCGCCAUUGUCUUCGUGGGAGCAGUGGGCUUGGUAUGGAUGACUUCUACGGCUCCACAUCCACGGCAGCCGCCUCGCAGGAUGGGAGUACUGCGUCCGCGACCGCCAGCGCCAAGCCCGGCCCCACUGCCGCCGUCAGUGACAGCGGUAUGAGCACAGCGCAGGCAGCAUCCGACAGUGCUAAAACGACCCCCAUCAUGCUGCUCGGUGCCGCCGCCGCCGCCGCCGUCAAGGGUGGCAAGAGCGGCAGCAGCACGAGGCUCGCCGUCAACGCUCCCGCAAGGCGCGUCUUGGUGCCACUGGAGGAAAGAAAAGCGCUAACCGAGUUUCCUCGGCGCAGGACCUGCGGCGGCUCUCUACGCACGAUGCCAACGUCAUCGCUUCUGGCAGGCAACGCCGCCCUGACCGGCACGCCACCGAUGGCCAUCAAGGACGGGCUGCCGCGGCUGCCACUCGCCCCUCUCCGGCCAGACGACCUCGCCUUUAUCUUCUACACCGAAGGCGAUCCCAAAGGUGUCCUCCUCACACAUGGUGCCCUCAAGGCAUCUGUGGCUGCCCACCACGAAUACCUUAACUCGACCGACAUCGGCGGCAGCGACGACGGGCUGCGUCGCGCGGCGGGCGUGGGCGACAUGGCGACCGCCACCGCCGAGAGUACCGGACGUGGUGGGCAGGGCAACAGCCGCAUUGCCCGCUACACGACGGCCUAUAUGCCUGCCCUGCGCUCCCGCUCAGCCCCAGCGGGGCGGCCGUCGUACAUGGCGUACCUCCCCCUGCACGACAUCGGCGAGUUUGUGGCGGAGACCGCCGCGCUCGUCCGCGGCCUCCUCGUGUGCUACGGCACGCGCCGGACUCUCUUUGACACGUGGGCGCGUCCGCACGGCGACCUCACCGAGUACAGGCCGACCGUAUUCCCCGCGCUACCGGCCACACUGGCGCGCCUGCGCCGCACCGUCGAGUCGAUGGUGUCCACCGGCUAUCGCCAGCUGCUGUUUGAGGCCGCGUACGAGGCGCGGCGGCAGGCGAUGCGGCGCGGACUGCACACACCGUUCCUGCUCACCACCAUCUUCGCCCCCUCGCGCGAGCUGCUCGGUGGCCGCUGUCGGCUCGUACUUGUCCGUGGCGGUCCCGGUGCCGCUGCGCUGCACCCACGGGACCAAGAGUACUUGUCGGUCGUGUGCGGCGUGUCCCUCGUGCAGUCGUACGGCGUCACGGAGGCUUCCGGGUGCGGGCUGCAACAAGCGUACUGCUCGACGCAGCUCGACUCGAUCGGCGGCCCGCUGGGCCCCGUACACGUAAAAAUGCGUGACGUCUUCGCCACGGCAGCGGCACCCUCGAGUGGUGGUGGCUGCGGCUGGUCGCAUCAGUCAGAGCGGCCAACAGGUGAGCUGCUGCUGCGCGGCCCCACCGUCAUGGCCGGCUACUACCGGCAGCCGGAGAAGACGGCGGCGGUCCUAGAAAAGAGUGGUUGGCUGCACACCGAGGACGUCGUGGAGCGCUGCCCGGAUGGCUCUUUUCGCCGCAUCGCCUCCCUGCGUCCGCACCACGCCACGACGAGUAAUGGUCACUGCAUCGCUCUCGAGCCCCUCGAGGCGCUCUACGCGCAGCACCCCCUCUGCCUGGAGGGCGGGGUCUGCGUGCUGGUGCAUCCCUACCGGCGGUACGUCUGCGCCCUCGUCCUCACUGAUGAGCACCAUCUGUGGGACUUCCUUCAGACAACCGCCGCGGCCGUGGCGAGGCCGGCGUCGUCAUACUCGCCACCGAGCUCAUCCACCUCGCAGCAGCGGAGCUGGAUUUUGUCUGCCAUUGGGGAGUGGCCGCAGUGCCUGGGCGACUCGGCACUCAACCAGGUCGCCGCCACCUCGCUUGCGGCGUGGGCGACGCAGCACGGCGGCAUCGCCCCGCACGAGUGCGUGCGGCACGUACGCGUUCUGCACGGUGUGUGGGACGCUGCUCAUUACACCCGCACCGCGACGGGACGACUCUUCCGCCCUGCCAUCCACCAGCGCUACAGCGGUGUCAUUCAGGAGCUCUUCGCAGACGAGGACUGA